CGGGCGGUCCGCGCGGGCGGCAUGCCGGCCCCGAGGGAGCCGGAGCUCGGGCCGGCCGCCUCCGCGGGCUCCGAGGCGGCCCUGGACGCCCUGCUGCAGACCCUCUACGACCUGGGAGAGACAGGAGGGGAGACAGAGCAGAAGAGAAUCAGAAAGAGAGGCACCCAGAAGAGAGAUGUGGAGGCUGUAUCCCCGGUGGCCGUGGAGCUGGCCCCCCCACCUGACUCUCUCGCAAGAUGCCAGAGGAAGAGCGCAUCCAGCUUUUUCAAGGAACUCAGAGAAGAAUUGCACUGUGCUCCCGCUGUCCCAUCCCCAGCUUUCCCUUCAGGACCAGAAGUCCCUGCUGCUUCUGCAGUGUUGCCUACCCCCCAAAAGAACAAGGGACUAGUUGAAGUUGUAGAAUUUCACAGCAGAAGUAAAAAAAGGAGACUGAAGCCAGUUCAAGAUGAACACACAAAGAUUAAAACUAGUGUCUGUGAGAAAGAUGUGGAUGUUCAAGAAUUUAACCUAGAAAAGGCUCGCUUGGAGGUGCACCGCUUUGGGAUCACAGGUUAUGGGAAAGGAAAAGAAAGAAUGCUGGAACAGGAGCGUGCCAUCAUGCUGGGUGCCAAGCCUCCCAAAAAGAGUUAUGUGAAUUACAAGGUUUUGCAGGCACAGAUCAAAGAGAAAAAAGCCACAAAGGAAGAAGAAGAGAGAGUGCAGGCUCGGGAUACAGCUAUUUUCAAGAAAAAGAAGAGAAAGCUGCAGGAGGACCGGAAAGCCAAGAAGAAGUUGGCUCCCAGCAUUUUGUCAAGUGGACAGAUUGGACAGGUUGGGAAAUUCAAAAAUGGAACGUUGAUUCUUAGCCCCGUGGAUAUCAAGAAAAUAAAUUCUUCCCGAGUGACUAAAUGAGGUGCUUUGUCAGCACGAAGAAUGAGAUCGAGUGACCGCUGGCGGAACCCCACCUCUGCUAGUGGACUUCCAGACGUCACACAGACUCGCUGGGCCUUGUCGUUGGAGAACACCAUCCUACAGAAAGCCCUCGGAGCCACAAGCGGCUCCUAGCACCGACCCUGGCCAGUCCACAGCUGGGCCUGCUGCUGCGCACGGCGGGGUCUGCCAGCCGCCCGUGCUGCCCUUGUGGUCUCCCUACCUUGUCCACAGUGCUGGCUGGCAUCUGCUACACGAUGAAGGAACCGAAAACAGUCACAUGACAUGUCCGCCCUAUGAAAAGCAGUUUUCAUCUUCAGGCUGUAUUUAAAACUUUGUAAAACACAA